AUGCUGCUCCUGCCUCUCUUAGUGUCUUUUCCCUUACUGUUUAACUUGAUGUUUGCCAUGCAAAACAGCGCUCUCUAUCGAUCUCCAACAAGCGAUCUUUCUUUCGGUAACUUUAAGCGCGAUCCAUUCCAUUACUUGUGGGCAGAGAAACUUUCAUCAUCCAUGAUGAGAGAUCAGUUGGACUGCGGUUUUCUUUGUGUUGGUGAACCAAAUUGUUAUUCGUUCAACAUGGCAGCGUAUCCUGACUCCAAAGGUCUUUAUCUGUGUGAGUUAUUGGCCACAGACAAGUACAGAGAGGCUGAAAAGGUUCAUGCAAAUGCUACCUUCCAUCACUGCAGUCCCUCGGUAAGAUCUGUUCAUAUAUUUGGUGCUUAACACUCUUCGUAUUUCUUAAAAUAGAAACUGGAUGAUUCAAGGAAUGUUCACUUUGUUUCUAGUCUCCAUGUGAAAGCGCUCCUUGUAAGAACGGAGGUGUCUGUGUUCCUGAAUAUGAAAGGAACUCCUAUCAUUGUGAAUGA